UUCAAGUCAAAGAGCCAACCAAACAACCAUGGACAAGUCCCCAAGUCCACCUGCACCAACCGUUCUUGUUCAGGUGAACGCGGACAUGGUUGCCUCGGGUGAGUUCAGGCGCGUCUUCGCAUCGUUCGACCAGGACGGCGACGGCAAGAUCUCGGCCGCCGAGCUGCGUCACUGCAUGAAGGCGGCGCUCGGCGAGGACAUGUUGGCCGAGGACAUCAGGGCGCUCAUGGCGUCGGCGGACACGGACGGCGACGGGCUGCUGGACGAAGAGGAGUUCGUGAGGCUGGCACAAGAAAUGGAAGCGGGCCAGGAUGAGGAGAAGCGCAGGUGGCUGAGGGAGGCGUUCGGAAUGUACGAGAUGGAGAGCACAGGGUGCAUCACGCCGCUGAGCCUGAAGCUGAUGCUGAGCAAGCUGGGGUGCCACCAGGACAUUGCGGAGUGCCAGGCGAUGAUCUGCAGGUUCGAUCUGGAUGGGGAUGGGGUUCUUAGCUUCGACGAGUUCAAGACGAUGAUGAUGGGCUGAGAUCGAUGCUAAUAAAUAUGGUUUCUGGUCAGCCUUUGUUUCUCAGUCCUGAUUGAAUUAGCAUCUGCAUAAGCUGUAAUUUCUGUUUUGAUGUGUCUGGUCAUUGCAAAUUCAUUUUCAUAAUGGUUAAAUGGA